AUGCUGCUGUACCCGACGCACGACUGGGGCGCGGUGGAUGGCCUCCUUUUCUCCUCAAUUUCCUCCAUUUCUUCUUCUCCUGCUUCUCAUUCUGUGCACGCUCGCUUCACCCACUCGCUGCACGCUCUCUUCGUCGCCUCGCUCCGUUUUGUUCGAACGCCCUAUCCUCCGGCUCUGCACCAUGGCCACCCGUUCCUCCAUUGGUGCUGUUGGUUGAGCUUCCUUGGAUUUUGCGUUGGCUCCUUCGUAGGAGUGUGGCUUGUUCUGUCCUUGCUGUCCAGGUUGUUCCAUCUUGCUGAUUUGGUGCAGAAUCUCCGUUUAGCUCAUCGUCGCGUCUUCAUUCUGCUCGUUGGGUCGCGUCAAGGAUGUGUGCGUUUUUUUGGGUUGUUAUUCCUAUUUUGGAGGCUAUGGUGGCCGAGUGCGCUUUGCCAUCCCUUUUGCACCUGUGUGAGGUUGCAGAAGAUGGCUCUGUCCUUGCUGGGUGGAGCUUGAGCUUCCUGGGGAUGGUUCUGGUGGAGUGCCUCGGUGAGAGUUUUUUGGAGCUCGACCUGGUGUGGGUUCAUGAAUGCUUUCCUGUAACUAAAUGCUUCUUAUUAAGCAUGCUAUAAAACUAGAGUCUUUGACUGCUCGAGUGGCUGUGUCAACGCAAGAUAAAACUAAAAAUCCCCUAUAUUAUGAAGUGAACCCUACCUUAUUAUAUGUGUGUAUAUUGUUCAGUUAUUGCUUGCUCUCCGCGGGAUCAGUUAUUGUUUGCUCUUCUAUGUGUGAUAAUACUGCUUUGUAACAUGCAGUCGUUUUUCUCUUUUUGGAUUGCCCAUUUUUUGUUUCCUUUUUGAAGUUUUAUUCCCUCUGCUAACCGUCUUAUUUUUUGAUACCAGUGUGGCCUCUGGGCUGCUUGUGUCUCCUUGGCCCAUUUAUUCGUGAUGCAAGGAAAUGGCCUCUGUGUUGUCCCCUCCUGCAGCAGUUAGAUCUAGCCCCUUGGCUGAAACCUGAUACCAUUGUACAGCAGUGCAAGUGUCUUGCCUGAUGGUCUUUAAAAAAUUCUUAUACAUGAAUGGCUGGACUGAUUUUUUCAACAUAAUAAGUACUUGUUUUCUAUAGUUGGUAGCAUAUAUAUAGCUUACGGAGAUCUCAUGUAAUAGAAACAGACAUCUAAGUUGAAACUUGGGGAUC